CACUUGUUGUUGUUGAGCUUCAUCGACCACAACUUGAAGCACUUUUCACAUUUGUCAACCUGAAGUAAACAUUCAUUUACCAGAAUGAACUAUUCAUACAAUUCAAGCCUUGCCGGUAAUCAAAUUGGUUACAAUGGGUUACUGGAAAACACGCCAGCUGGUCCACUGGUUUGGCUUGUUUUACUUCAAUGGAUUGUCUCUUUACCGUUACUCGAUUCAUGUGAAAAGUUCAAGUUAAUUGUGUCAUCCAUUUUUACCUCAUUACUGGUCAUUAUUGCUGUGUCCAGGAAAACUCCUGAACAGCAAAUGUACUGUCCAACAGUCGAUGCUUGUAACCAUUCUGAAGAGGUUAAUCUAAUUUUAAUUUUGAUACACUUUACAUUAAGAGUAUUUAGCACCGUUCUUUGGUCUAUACUUUGGAUGAGAUGGACAAUUGCUUGCAAAUAUUUCACUCUUGACCGGUCAACUUAUAAUCUUCAACGUUAUGGACCAAUUUGUUUAUUUGUUUGUCUAAUAGCUACGCUCAUUUCAAACGGUUUGCUCACUCAUGUUUCACUGUUCACAGCUGGAGUCAUUUUGUUUCUAUGGUUUACAACCGGCAGCUAUUUUAUGGGACGUCUUGUGGCUAAUCCUUUCCUUUUAUUGUUACCUGUUUUUAUUUUGACUGGCCUAGAGUGUGUUAAAAGUUCAUUGGUUUCAAGUGUCUCAUCUGCUUAUUCAAGUAGCAAUGUUAUUGAAUGUUUUCUGGUUUCCCUCUCAAGUCUACUAUUGGUCUGUGCGCUGGACAAGUCAAGAUGUAUUCAAGAUUUGUUUACCAAAAGAUAUCCAGUCUAUUGUUCCUAUCAAAGGUACAAUUUAAUACCAAUUAUUAAGCAAACAUUUUUGGCUUUAAUUGACGACGAAAUUGACCAGGAUCAAUCGAUAUUUGACGAUUUCAAUGUUUGUCUUAAAAUAUUGAAACAUCACUGCGAGACUUUAACUGUUUCACUGCCAUUUUAUACUUCAAGUGCUCGAAUCGAUGUGACAAUUGCUUAUGCAUUCAUUAGAGUUUCAGAUGAUCUGGUUGAUGAUGGACGGUUAAAUAUGAGUCAGAGACUUGAAAAUCACCAGAUUGUUCUUAAAUUUAUGGACCAAUUAUUUUCAUCUCGCGAUGAAAAAUGGACUUAUGAUGUUGGCCAGCCAAUUGAUCCAAGAAAUGAACCUUCAAUUGAUUGGAGUUUUUACAAAUCAAAGCUUCCUUACGAAGCUUACCAAGUGUUUAGAGCUUACAGUCGCACCGUUUACUAUCAACCAGGUUGCCCAAUGAAAGAUUUGGUAUCAACAUACAGUAUGGAUCUUGAAGAGAAGCACAUUGCCAAUGAGAGAGAAUUGAUUGAAUUUUCUCAUUGUGCCGGAGGUGGAAUCAUGGCUACCUUUCACAUAAUUCAAUUGUACAAAAGUGGAUUAUAUCCAAAUGGAUUAUCACCUCGAGAGCGACCACUAGUCGACACUUUCUACUCCAUUGGUCAAGCAAUGCAGUUGGUCAACAUAGCUCGUGACAUUGCUUUGGACAGCUCAACAGAUGGUCGCUGUUACAUACCCACAGCUUUCAUGGAGAAUCCUGAGAAAGAAGUUGAACUUUUAACUCGAUCCAAAGAUCCUUGGGCUUUAGGCCUUGAAAAAUUGUCUAAAUAUUCAAAGUUGAUUGUUGCCUUAUCUUACCAUUGUUGUGCCAAAGCUUCAUUAACGUUAGACUUGAUGCCAAGCCAAGUAAAGAAACCUUUAAUGAUAUUCAGUGAAAUUUAUCGGACAAUUGGAUCAAAGAUAUUAAAACAUUCAGGUUUUGAGAGGCGCAUUUUUGUCCCAUUGUACAGUAAAAUGUGGAUUGCAUUAAGCUACCUUUACUUCAAUAGGAAACACAUUUAACCCACAUUUUCAUCUUGAUAUCAUCAACACUCUACAAUUUAUUGUCACCAUUUUUGAUCAAAAAGCAAAAGUCAUUGACAGUAAACCAAUCAGACUCAUUGUUCAUAUAAAUUGUAAUAAUCUUUAAUCACAAUUGUGUUUUUACCUUCUCCUUUCAACACACCUGAUAAACAUUCCUGAUAAAUACAAGUUGAUAAAAUUGAAUCAACUCACUUUUAUUGUAUUAAUAAAGAUUUGUUUUUCCAAUAAUAUA